ACCCACCAAAAUAUGCAAAACAAAAAACAAAAACAAAACAAACAGAGUAGGAAUUCCGUAAAUUUAGUGGAAAAGGAAGGGCAUUGGAUUCCUACAUGUGCUUUUAACGCGCAGUAUAAGAUGCCGCCCGCGCAAUAAGCAACGGAUGCGGCACUUUCGGCCGCCGGUGGAAACUCUCAGCACGGAGCCUUCCCUUAUUUCAUCAUCUCAUCAAUUUUGUUUCCCAGAAACACUGGAAACGUUAAAAACACGAAAGCAGAUUAAAAUUAUUUAAAAAAAAAAAGGAAAUUAAUUCGAAGAGCCUUCCUCUUUUUUUGGAAUUGUGAGUGCUCUGCUAUUGGUUUUUGGGAGCAUUGUAACCCUUGCGAGAAAGGGAAAAUGUUGUGCAAAAUGGUUUCCCGGAAGAGGAAGUCUGGGUCGGUGCCUGUGUAUCUCAACGUAUACGAUCUUACAACCAUUAAUGGCUACGCGUACUGGCUUGGCCUUGGAGUUUACCACUCUGGUGUUCAAGUUCAUGGAGUUGAAUAUGCUUUUGGAGCUCAUGAGCAUCCAACGACGGGGAUAUUUGAAGUGGAACCGAAGCAGUGCCCUGGUUUCACAUUCAGAAAAUCAAUUUUGAUAGGAAGAACUGAUCUAGGUGCCAAGGAUGUCCGUGCAUUUAUGGAGAAACUUUCUGGGGAGUACUCAGGAAACUCGUACAAUCUCAUCACCAAGAACUGCAACCACUUCUGUAAUGAUGCAUGCCUCCGGUUGACGGGAAAACCAAUACCUCGUUGGGUUAACCGACUUGCUAGACUAGGUCUGUUCUGCAAUUGUGUACUUCCAGCAGGUUUGAAUGAAACUAAGGUUGGGCAUCCUAGAGCAGAAGAGAAGGCUCAUGAAUUGGAGAAGAAAAAACUGAGAAGCCAUUCGGGUCUGCUCUGCAAUUGUGUGCUUCCAGCAGGUUUGAAUGAAACAAAGGUUGGGCAUCAAGAGAAGGUUCAUGAAUUGGAGAAGAAAAAACUGAGAAGCCAUUCUGGUAGGCUUGUAUCCUCGUCAGUUUCUCUGCCCCCAUUGUCAUCUCGUUCUUCAGGUUCCACGAUCAAAAGUAGUAGACAAAGACAUUGCCUUCCUCCAUCUUCGUCUUUGAUCCACGCUUCUUCGGCAUCAUCUGUGAAGGCUUAGGGUGGCUUGUUUUUUACGCUUUCAGGGUUUUUGAAUUUAUAAAAGCUAGAAAGAUUGCAAAUUUUUUUUUUUUUUUUUGUGGUGUUAUUUUCUUUCUGUACUUAUGUUCUCCUGCUAAUCUUUUCAAAUGAAAGCAGUAGCAGCUGCUUGAGAAGUGCAGUAUCUUUUGUAAAAUGUUUUUGCUUUUCUGAUGAAUGAAAUUACCAGUGUUUUUAUUAA